AUGAUUGCUGGUAAUCGCAAACAACGACGCGCCAAUGCCAAUGCUUCUUCCUCGACAUCCCAAUCUGUCGACAAUGGCUUGCAUUCCACGAGCCAAAUCGAUGAAGACGGCGUGGAAAUGAUUCUCAAGCACCCCGACGUCUCUGGCCCCAAGGGCAAAACAUUAUUCCAGCUAGCAGAGGAAAGACAGCGGGAGCUGGACAGGGAAAAGGCAGGACGCUGGGGUCUUGGAAAUACCAUGGCUUCUUCUGCCGGUAGCACGGAUGAUGCGGCAGUUGGGCCCCUGGGAGACGCACUCCUUUACUGCACGAGCAUGGCAGCACUGCACCUCACACUCGAUGUCAUAGUCUACAGUCAAUACCGGGAAGAUAUACUAUGGGCAGAGAUUAUACGACGAGCCGCCGCCGCGACGCCCGUGUUUAUGCUGCUUGUCUACCUCACACACGUCAGUUUCUCGUAUCGAUUCCCUAUACUACGGGAUCUAUCCUUCUUGGCAGGCUCGGUAGUAUCUGGUUGCUACCUGGUCUACUCUGCCAACAAGCAUGGCUACUUUUAUGUUAUGAAGGCAGCGCCUCCUGUAGGUACACUUUGGGUGUGGAGUGUGGUGGAGAUGAGUCUCCCAUGUGCGGCCAUGAACGUGGUCGCUGUGUUGGGCUACAUAUGGUGGAAUGGGUUUCAGUUCUUUUAA